GGGGUAGCCUGCAUGCGUGUCGGGGGGAGGGGUGAAGCAAAAUGUUCGAUGUAAACAAAUAUGGCUGCUUCGGAAGCACUUCCUUACGCAAAAAGUGUUUUUAAUGGUUUGUAUGACUCAAUAUUUGGAAUAAUAACGUUCUUUAAACCUAUAUAUCAAAAGCAAGACAACAUUCAUAAUGUGACUGCACAAGAAACAGAAGAAAUUAAUACAAACAGAACUAGGAGGCGACUGAGGCCGACAACAACAACGCAAAAAACUCAGAGGUUGUUAUUAAACUUAUUGUAUUUAAAAUGUGCUGGUUGUGUAUUAUUUAGAAUAUAAUAGCAUACCUAUGUCAUGUAACAAAAACUAUUUGGUCUGAAAGAGAACCCUAGCCAGCUAGCCUAGACCUCACCCAUGCCAUGAUGCGCAGUGGUGGACACUUUGUGAAAUGAUAUUUUUUGUGUGUGUUUAAUACUGUAAACUUAUCAGGGAUCUGGGACAAGGUCAUGCCAAUUGAAUUAAGGUAUCAGCUUACUGCAACCCGCCCGUGAGAAAUUAUUAAUAGGACAUUGCAGAAAUGAAGUGGCUAUUUGCCAGUGUGGAAAGUUUGUAUCGCGCGGAGGAUAUCUCCGGCGCGCAAUUUUGAUGCUUUCUAUGUAUUCACUAUUAAAUUUUCGAAAUCUCUGGCGCGCAAUUUCCAAACUUUCCAGUCUGGGCUAUUUGUACGACACCUGUAUCCUAACAUCGGUGUGCUAUCCCCAAACCCUUCCCUAACCAAUAAAUGUCUAGCUAAUAUACAAUUUGAGAGUUAACCCAUUCAGCUGCAGAGCUUUCCCACUGACAAGUAUUUAAAAUCGUCUGGCGUAAGACACUCAAGUAAAAAAAAGUAGGAUGCACUGGGGCACAUUGCUGCUCAAUGGGUUAACUGGAGACAUUGUCAGAUUUUUUGGUUAGCCCAUUAAGCUGCAGAGCUUCCCCACUGACGAGUAAAAUUGUCUGGCGUUGAACAAGUAAAAAAAAGUAUGGGGCGCAUUGUGGCUCAAUGGGUUAAAAAUUAGUCAGAAAAAAGUUUUAAGAAAUUUUAAAUUUCGAUCUAAGUGAAACAGAAAACCAUCGACUAAAAUUAAAGUAGGUCCGACAUUGUUUCACUUUGCAUGCACACACAUGCUACUGGCAAUCUUGCUGAAUAUUUUUGCAAAAAUACCAUUUUAUAUUAAUAAAAUUAAUUAUUAAUACAAAAUGUACUGUAAGAUUCAGGUACCAUACUCUCGUACAACAUUACUCUGUAUGUUCCAGAAAACAAUGGGUGCACCUCCCCUACAGACGAAAUUGGAAAUUAUUAUUAACUCACUACCUCUUUUGGAUGUCCUAGUACAUUAAAUUUACUUAUCAGAAGUACACUUUGCCCCUUCACCCUUUGGAUGGAGUGUGUGUAGAUCAUUUGUGGAAUGACACAAUAAAACUACAGUGAGAAUAUGAAUGACACUGCAAUAUGCCAAUAAUCCUUCCAAAAACAAUGUCACUUUAGCAAUAUGUAUAUAAGCAUCGUUUUCGUUUCACAAAAAUGAGGACCCAUUUGCCAAGGUGACAUACAUUACAGAAGGAUGACUUGUGUAUUUAACACAUCAUUUCAGAAAACUUGUUUGAAAAAUGCAAUUUUGAGUGGCAAUUAAAAUCACCCGCUUCACAGGCAACCAGCAUCAAAUAAUGGCAGCAUUGAGGAUAUUAAAAUUUACUCACUGAUAAACUUUUACUGAAUAGAUUGAGAAGGAAAUAGUGAAUAUAUUUAUGUAAGCUUAACCCUUAAUAUACGUACCGUUUUGAGGACUCUCAUGAAAGUCACUUUGAUGACCGAGAUCUUCUUAUAAAAGUAUACUUAAAUUAAAUUGAAAUACAUAAAUAAUAUAUACCUUAGUUGUCACACGGUUGCAUUUACUUAUAUGUCUACAUUGGAGAACAAAACACUGCAUGACCAUUUUCUAUUUUAUAAAUUUUGCUUCCGCCCUCAAGUUUGUGAAAAGCUGUCAUAUGUCACAUAGUGACACAUACGGUAAUUUAUCCUCAUUGCAUCAGUAGAAUGCACAUGGGCGUACCUGGCGGAGGGGGCGGCAGCCCCCCCCCCUUGUUUGUUGGGCAAACAAAGCCAGUCGGGCAAUAUUUGCUUCACAGUCAGGCAAUAUUGGCUUAUUAUAAAAAUAAAUGGGACAAAUUCUGUCAAUUUUGGAAAGUGGGAGAUUUGGAAAGUGGGAGAAAUUUUGGAAAAUGGGACAAAUUCUGUCAAUUUUGGAAAGUUUUUGCGGAAAUUUUUUUUUGACAACUCGGGCACAAUCCGAAGUCGGGGAAAUUUCUUUCCGCCCCCCUAAUUUUUUCCUUCCCGUAUGCCCAUGAGAAUGCAUUAAUAUGUCAUUGUGCGAUAAUUCUCUAUAUAAUUAUCAUACCCAUAAUUAAGUUGACAUCACUAAAUCCAUGUUUGGUUUGCCAAAAUGAGUUGAUAUGAUGAUUUCACGAUUUGCUGUUAGCUUAUCAGAAAAAAUGAAUUCUUUUAAAUGUUAAAUCCAAUUCUUUUAAAUAAUACCUAUUCAUUUUGAUAGCAAAUAUGGAUAUUAUUUUCUGUUACAGCUAUAAAGAAAUAUAUUCCAUGAUGAUGCAAUGUUGUAUUUUAAAUGGAGGGAUAUUUUGG